AUGGAUUCAGAGAAUGGGAGCGGGAUAGACGCAUUCAACGUGGUGCAGUUCAACGCGUCCUUGAGUUUGGAUAAUAGAUAUUCAUCUGCGUCUAUCGCCAGCAUUGCCGCUCUCGUGAGUUUCCUCAUUCUCUUUACCGUUGUUGGAAAUGUAUUGGUGGUGAUAGCGGUGCUGACGAGCCGUGCGCUCAAACCGCCACAGAACCUGUUCCUGGUGUCUUUGGCCACAGCGGACAUCCUGGUGGCCACUCUGGUCAUGCCCUUCUCUUUGGCUAACGAGCUCAUGGGCUACUGGUAUUUUGGAAAAGUUUGGUGUGGGAUUUACCUGGCUUUGGACGUUCUGUUUUGCACAUCGUCCAUCGUGCACCUGUGCGCCAUCAGCCUGGACAGAUACUGGUCCGUUACGCAGGCGGUUGAGUACAACUUAAAGCGGACUCCGCGGCGCGUAAAGUGCAUUAUCGUCAUAGUGUGGCUCAUCUCCGCCUUCAUCUCGUCCCCGCCGCUCAUGUCCAUGGAAGUAGACAGUGACACCUCGCAGCCUCAGUGCGAGCUCAAUGAUGACACCUGGUACAUUCUCUCCUCCAGCACCGCGUCCUUCUUCGCGCCUUGCCUCAUCAUGAUUCUGGUCUAUGUGCGCAUCUACCAAGUGGCCAAAACACGGACCCGCAGUCUGUCUGGGAAGAAGCCCAGGCCAGAUGCCCUGACACACACUGAGAACGGACUGAGCAAAGGCGAGAGAGGUGAGAACGGCCACUGCCAGUGUCCUCCCACGCCCACGCGCACAGUGACUAUGGGGCCACAGACAGAGGACGGGGAGGUGGAGGAAAGCUCCUCAUCGGAAGGUAAAGGUCAACACAUGGCCCCGCUGCAGGAGCCGAGUGCCAUCAAGAGCGCAAGGCACAACUCUGUAUCCAAACAGUGCGCGCGCAUCUCCCGCGUCAGCAACAAGUCCAUGGACCUGUUCAUGUCCCGCAGGAAGCGCCGCAGGAGCUCUGUGGCGCAGAAGAAAGUGUCCCAGGCCCGGGAGAAGAGGUUCACCUUCGUCCUGGCGGUGGUCAUGGGGGUGUUUGUAGUGUGCUGGUUCCCCUUUUUCUUUAGUUACAGUUUGCGUGGAGUCUGCAGGGACUCGUGUAAGAUUCCCGAUCCUCUGUUUAAAUUCUUCUUUUGGAUUGGCUACUGUAACAGCUCCCUUAACCCUGCCAUCUACACUAUUUUCAACAGAGACUUCAGACAUGCAUUCCACAAAAUACUGUGCAAGUCGUGCAAAAAGUCUUUUUAA